AUGCCUAACAACUGGGAUGUAAACUCUAAUCUCUGGCUUCUCUUCCAUGUCGUCGACCAGACUGGCGCAAAGCCGAGCUGGGACGUUAUUUCAGCUGCUAUGGGUACCGGGUAUACUGCUGAAGCGUGUCGCCAGCACUUCGCAAAGCUGAAGAAAACUAUGUCCGAGGAUAGCACAAAUGCCGGUGCUAUUGACUCGGCGGCCGUCUCCCCUGCUACCCCCUCUCCUCGAAAGCGAAAGCCUAAAGAACCGAAGACUCCUGGUGAAACUCCGACUAAACGUCCCCGCAAGAUCACCAAAAAAGUCAAAGCUGAGGAAGGCGUCAAGAAGGAAGAUACCUCUGGCGAUGUGCCGACUACUGUCUGA